ACGACAGAGACGACGCAUGCAGUCGAUCAGCAGUCGACAGAGAUAUCCAUUGACCGCUGAUCAUAUAUUGACUCUCUUAUAACAGAGAUAGUAUAUUAACGCUAGACCAGGACAAUGUGGACACGGCGGCAAGAAAACCCAGACAAUACACAUUUUCUCGGAUAACGCUAGAUUGGGAAUAUUAUACAGGCUAGAAACAGAAGACGUAUUUUAUAAACAUUUGCCAUCGAAAAGAGGAAAUCGCUGGACACAUUCGGUAAUUACAAUGUAAAUAUCUACAGUGAAUAGUCUGCAAACGUAAAUUGGUGAAUUUAUAAGAACAUUGACUGAUUUCCUCGGGACUAUGAAAAUGCUAUUUCGAUGAGAACUUGCGGCUUAACUUGAUCAGGUUCUACUUUAAUUACUAUAGAAGAAACCGUUUGAAGUGCAAAAUAUUGCAGCUAGAAACAAUAUCAAAUUAAACUGUUAUUGUGCCGAAUUUCUAAUCUAGAUAGUGUUUGGCCUUGACGGCUAGUUAGAAGCAUUAGAAGACAAUGAAGGAAGGAGACGUCGACCGAUAUAUUAGGGAAAGCAGCAAGAGCUAUAAUGGCUGCCGAGUCAAGAAUUCGGCGCGGAGGAACUCCCUACAGAAGAAGACAAUUGGGAUAGAAACAGAGAGGAAGAUGGCGGCGGCCAAUCUUGGAAGGGAGGAGAAACAAUUGCGAGAACAACUUAGACAUAUGCAGAUCGACAAAAUGAAAAAUACUAUUGUACACAAUAUGAGAGAGAAAGCUAAGAAGGGAAACAAUGCAGAUAUUGGAGAGGAGGAGGAGGAACUUCGCCAUCUGCCCACGGAGCCAUGGCCUGUCACCCUAUCGGAGAGUCCUCGGGGGUCACCGAGUCUCGGAAAUAGAUCUAAUUCGAGCCUGGCUCAAGCAGGAAUGGCUCAUGCGAAAAGAAGAGGACGUCGAAUGUCACAUGAAUUUGAGGACCUCGAUAUGAACACAAAGACUGGAAAGUUACAGACAGCUCCAAAUAUGGCUAAAAGUUUGAUGGCGAGACGGAAUUUACAUCGCCCCACCUCAGGGUCUCUGACUUCUGUCAGAGGUAGAAUGGACAGUCCAAGACAAGGACGUGGGAAUCUGGAUAGCAGUGACACGUCAUCCUCGUCAGCCGUAUCAUCUCUGGAGGACCUUCAUUGGAUAGGAAAUCCAGUGGCCACUAAAUCUGUUCGGCGUGCCCGAAAAACUGUCGAGGAACAGGAACUGACGUCAGAACUUCACAAACUCUCAAUAUCAGAUUCGAAGAAAAGGAAAUCAAAGAAAAAAUCCUGAUAGAUAUACCAUGCAAAGUGAUAACCAGUGUGAUAUUUAGUCCCGAAAGGAUAUUCCCAGCAUAUAGGAGUGAUCAGAGUAAUAAUGACCAAUUUAUUAUCAAACAAAUAUGAAUUCGUUUCUUCGUUUUCUAUCGUUGACUAUAGCAUUACACACCCAGAACCGUCCAAUAGUAUAACAAUCUGCAUUUUUUUUAAUAUUAUAUAUCAAUAAUUUUUCAAACACUAAGUUUAAUCAUUUUUAUUUUUUACUUUUAUAAUUUUCUGUUAUGUAUAUGUACAUUUAUUGGCCCAGUUCUUCAAUGUCUGGUUAGUUAAGAGAAUUAAGAGUUGUUUAUUUGGUAAGGAUUCAAAAAAUAAAGGUAAUAAAGGAAUAAGAAAUAUUUGUUAUUUUUCAGAUACUUCUAAGAAAAAGUCUUUUGCACAUUUAUGUAAACUGUUCGUUCAGUGGGCCAGGUUUGGAACAUCCGGUUCCUGGUUAUGUCCGUGUCAUUAUUGUCAAAACAAGAUAAUAUGGAAGGUGUUUUCAUUCUAUAUUCACUCUUUUUGCGCCCCAACUUUAGUUCAGUUAUGAAACAUGAUUUAACCAAGUAAAUAUUACAAAAUAUAUCAGGUUCAGAACCCCAGUGUAACAGAAUGUUUAGUAAUUAAAUAGGUACG